GUCCCCCCUGUUGUGUCCCCAAGCAGGAGAGCAGCCAUGGCCAUCCUGUUUGCCGUGGUGGCGAGGGGCACCACCAUCCUGGCCAAGCACGCCUGGUGUGGGGGCAACUUCCUGGAGGUGACCGAGCAGAUCCUGGCCAAAAUCCCAUCUGAGAACAACAAACUGACCUACUCCCAUGGCAAUUACCUGUUCCAUUACAUCUGCCAGGACAGGAUCAUCUACCUGUGCAUCACAGAUGAUGACUUUGAGCGCUCCAGAGCCUUCACGUUCCUGAACGAGAUCAAGAAGCGCUUCCAGACCACGUACGGCUCCCGAGCGCAGACUGCCCUGCCCUACGCCAUGAACAGCGAGUUCUCCUCUGUGCUGGCUGCUCAGCUGAAAUACCACUCAGAGAGCAAGGGCCCAGACCAGGUGGCAGAGACACAAGCGCAGAUCGAUGAGCUCAAAGGGAUCAUGGUCCGGAACAUAGACCUUGUGGCACAAAGAGGAGAGAAGCUGGAGCUGCUGAUUGAUAAAACAGAGAAUCUCGUGGAUUCGUCAGUCACUUUCAAAACCACCAGCAGGAACCUUGCCCGAGCCAUGUGUAUGAAGAACCUCAAGCUCACCAUUGUCAUCAUCAUCGUGUCCAUUGUGAUCCUGUACAUCAUCCUGUCAGCUGUGUGCGGAGGGCUGGCCUGGCCCAGCUGUGUGCAGAAGUAGCUGCAGCUGGAGCUGCUCCCCAGGAGAUGAAGAAGUGAAGAAGGAACCUCCAGAGUGACUCCUGCCUGUCACCACUGCCACCUUCACCCUCCCAUCCAUCCAGGACUUCAGACUUUUUGCCUUAUCACCCAGACAGACCCAGCUGGUUGCUGCUCCCUUGACCUCAAGAGUGGGCUGGGUUAAUUACUUGAAAGGGUUUUUGUGUUCCUUUUGUCCCAAUGCCAGCCCUGCAGAGGGCUCUGUGCAUGCUGGCCCCAUGUGGCUUCCCCUGGCUGGGGACAGGAGUGGCUGCAGCUGUCCCACCUGGGCUGGAGCUGUCCCACAGAGGAGGUUUGGGGUGGGCAGAGCCAAAUUAACGGGGUUUGGGUUCCCAGAGAGCCUCCCCUGCACAUCUGGCCACAUCUGGUGGCUCCCAGUGCUGCAGCAUGGGAGUCACGGUGUCACCCUGGUGACAAACGGGCUGGGUUUGUGCCCUCACAGGUGGAGGUGCUGCUGCUGUCACGUCCCUGUUCCUGCAGUGGUGCUGCAGGCAGGAGGAGGCUGUGGGGUCACCUCAGCUGUGCAGUGGCUGCCUCCUCAUCCUCACUUCUUCCUCACCUCCCCUGGGCUGGUGGCAAAGGGGACACUCACACACGGUUCAGGAUCUGCUUUCUCACAGAUGAUUUCUCCUGCUCUCCUUCAGAGGGUGGACUGCAAUGGAUAUAAUUUAUAAUUCUGGCACUGGCUACAGUGAAUUUGGGGCCAAUGUGGCUUGCUGAGGUGCCAGGGAGCUGCUGCUUGUGCUUCUCCUGGAAGGUGUGCACUGGAACUGGAGGGCAGAGAAGGGCUGGAGUUGGUGCCUGGUGACUUCUUCAAGGUCUGAGGAUGAACCUUCUCCUCUGGGAGGAUUUCAAACCAAACCCAAGGCUGGUAACCAAAUGCAGGCUCAGGGGUGCUGUUUCUGUGCCAGCUGCACAUCUCCAUCCCAAGGCAGGCCUGGCUGAGGAGCUGCUGGGGGCUGGGCAGGGGCUGGGGGCACUUCUGGGGCUGCUGGGCUCCUUUCCUAGGGAAAAAUGGAAACACCCUUCAGGGGGGGAAGGAAUCUGCUUUUGGCCCAGGGAAGUCGAGGGGUGGAAGGGGAGGCUGCUUUUGGUGCCUGAGCUGGAAAAAAAGUUGGUGCCACAAGGUGCUGGUGGCACUGGGGGGGUGGGGAUGUGGCUCUGCUGCUCCUGCAGUGUGGCACCAACCACAGAGCUCCUUCCAGGUCAAGACUGGAGUCUCCAAGAACCAGUAGCUCCUUUGGAUUUUCUGCUGGGCUGAAGUUUCACCGAGGGUGGUUGAUAGCCACAAAGUGCCAGUGGCCACUGGCACCUGCUUCUCUUUCUGUUGUGAAUGUAAAGCUUGGAGCCCCCUCCCUGCAGCUCCUGCAGCCCCAGGUGCAGCCAUGCAUGUUUUAGUGCUGUUACCAUGUUCAUUUGGAUGAUUUCUUGUCUUAUGUACAAAUAAUUUUUAAAGAAAAUCCUUCCUUUCCUUCUUGAGGAUGCACUGAGGCAUUAGUGUAAAAAACCAUUACCUUGAUUUCAAUAAAAUUCCUG